AUGACGCGCAUAUCAAAAUGCAUAUGGUGCAGCUCAGUCAGUCGUUGCGCCCGCUCUGUGCAGCAAGACAGCAUACCACCGCGAGCAUCUUCCUGUAUUCCCUUUGACAACCACAAAGACUUGAGCAAGACUGCGCGCAUCAAAGCUGGAUAA